GGAGACUGUAGCCCGCGGAACCGAAGUCGAGCCUCGCCGGCAAGCUCCGGAGGGAGCUCUUUCUUAGUUGCACUGAGGAAAGUCUCCGCUCACGCGGUUGGCAGCUGACACCGGAAGCGACUGUGAGUCUUCUGCCCAAGCAGAGCUUUCCUCCACGAGACGCGCGGAAAGGUCGGGUACGCGGUUUGCACCGGUACUGGAGGAGUCCAGGGUAACCGGGAGCCGCGCAGCGAUGGAGCAGGAUGCGGGAGGCCGCACGGCCAGCGCGCUGUUCGCAGGGUUCCGGGCUUUGGGGCUUUUCAGCAACGACAUUCCACACGUGGUGCGGUUCAGUGCGCUGAAGCGCCGAUUCUAUGUGACGACCUGCGUGGGCAAGAGCUUCCACACCUAUGACGUUCAGAAACUUAGUCUGGUCGCAGUAAGUAACUCUGUUCCACAGGAUAUCUGCUGUAUGGCAGCUGAUGGGAGGCUAGUCUUUGCUGCUUAUGGGAAUGUGUUCUCUGCAUUUGCUCGAAAUAAAGAGGUAGUACAUACCUUUAAGGGUCAUAAGGCAGAAAUCCGUCUUUUGCAACCCUUUGGGGAUCACAUUAUCUCUGUUGAUAUUGACAGCAUUCUUAUUAUAUGGCACAUAUACUCAGAAGAAGAAUACCUGCAAUUGACUUUCGAUAAAUCAGUAUUUAAAAUUUCUGCAAUUUUGCAUCCAAGUACCUACUUGAAUAAAAUUCUUCUUGGCAGUGAACAAGGAAGCCUACAGUUGUGGAAUGUAAAGUCCAAUAAACUUCUAUAUACAUUUCCAGGAUGGAAAGUUGGAGUGACAGCUCUUCAGCAGGCACCAGCUGUGGAUGUGAUUGCUGUUGGUCUUAUGUCGGGUCAGGUUAUCAUUCACAACAUUAAGUUUGAUGAAACAUUAAUGAAGUUUCGUCAAGACUGGGGACCUAUUACUUCGAUUUCAUUUCGUACAGACGGUCAUCCAGUAAUGGCAGCUGGAAGCCCAUGUGGCCAUAUUGGACUCUGGGAUCUUGAAGACAAAAAAUUAAUCAAUCAAAUGAGAAAUGCACAUUCUACAGCAAUCGCCGGACUGACAUUUCUCCAUAGAGAGCCACUUCUUGUCACAAAUGGUGCUGACAAUGCUCUCCGGAUAUGGAUAUUUGAUGGUCCCACAGGUGAAGGACGGCUUUUGAGAUUCAGAAUGGGACAUAGUGCUCCUCUCACCAAAAUUAGGUAUUAUGGACAAAACGGACAACAAAUUCUUAGCGCAAGUCAAGAUGGAACUCUUCAGUCAUUUUCCACGAUACAUGAAAAAUUUAACAAGAGCUUAGGACAUGGACUAAUAAAUAAAAAGAGAGUCAAACGUAAAGGUCUUCAGAAUGCCAUGUCAGUGCGACUUCCACCCAUCACAAAGUUUGCAGCUGAGGAAGCUCGUGAAAGUGACUGGGAUGGUAUCAUUGCUUGCCAUCAAGGUAAACUAUCUUGCUCAACUUGGAACUAUCAAAGAUCUACAAUAGGCGCUUACUUUCUCAAGCCAAAAGAGCUGAAGAAAGAUGACAUAACUGCAACAGCAGUGGAUAUAACUUCUUGUGGAAACUUUGCUGUAAUUGGUCUUUCAUCAGGAACUGUAGAUGUAUAUAACAUGCAGUCUGGUAUACAUCGAGGAAGUUUUGGCAAGGAUCAAGCUCAUAGAGGGUCUGUCAGAGGUGUUGCAGUAGAUGGAUUAAACCAGCUGACAGUUACAACUGGUAGUGAAGGAUUACUCAAGUUCUGGAACUUUAAAAACAAAACUUUAAUCCAUUCUGUGACCCUCAAUUCAUCUCCAAAUAUGAUGCUGCUACACAGGGACAGUGGCAUUCUGGGACUCACCUUAGAUGACUUCUCCAUUUGUGUCAUGGACAUAGAAACUAGGAAGAUUGUCAGAGAGUUUUCUGGACACCAAGGCCAAAUAAAUGACAUGGCUUUCAGUCCUGAUGGUCGUUGGUUAAUAAGUGCUUCAAUGGAUUGCUCUAUUAGAACUUGGGACCUUCCUUCUGGGUGCCUUAUAGACAGCUUUUUGUUGGACUCAGCUCCUCUCAAUGUUACUAUGUCCCCUACCGGAGACUUUCUGGCCACUUCCCACGUUGACCACCUUGGAAUUUAUCUAUGGUCCAAUAUUUCCCUGUAUUCAGUUGUUUCAAUACGGCCACUUCCCACAGAUUAUGUUCCUUCAGUAGUGAUGCUUCCUGGUACUUGUCAAACCCAAGAUAUAGAAUUAGCAGAAGAAACCGUAGAACCAAGCGAUGAAAUGAUAGAGUAUGAUUCCCCAGAACAGUUGAAUGAACAGUUGGUGACUCUAUCACUCCUUCCUGAAUCACGGUGGAAAAGCCUUCUUUAUCUUGAUGUUAUUAAGAAAAAGAAUAAACCAAAGGAACCACCCAAAGUACCCAAAUCAGCACCAUUUUUUAUACCAACAGUUCCUGGCCUUGUACCCAGAUACGUGGCUCCAGAACAAAAUAAUGAUCCCCAACAGUCUAAAGUGGUAAAUCUUGGAAUUUUGGCUCAAAAAUCAGAUUUCUGCUUGAGACUCGAAGAAGGACUGGUAAAUAAUAAAUAUGAAGCUGCUCUUAACCUUCUGAAAGAAUUAGGCCCAUCAGGAAUUGAAAUGGAGCUUCGAAGCUUGUCUCCUGAUUGUGGCGGGUCUGUAGAAGUUAUGCAGAGUUUCUUAAAAAUGAUCGGGAUGAUGUUGGACAGAAAGCGUGAUUUUGAGUUGGCCCAGGCAUAUCUUGCUUUGUUUCUAAAGUUGCACCUUAAAAUGCUUUCUUCAGAGCCAACACUUCUAGAAGAAAUGACAAAGUUGUCAUCACAGGUGGAAGAAAACUGGAUCUAUUUACAAUCACUGUUCAAUCAAAGCAUGUGUGUUUUAAAUUAUAUAAAAAGUGCUUUGUUAUAAAAAUAAAUGUAAGUGACUAAAUAAAGAUUAAGUGGGUUCAUUUUAAUUCAUAUUUUGUUUUUCAGGUUUCAUUUUGGGAAAAAAAUGCUAGCAUUACUGACUAGUCAUUCCUCACUUUAAAUGCUAAAUACUUUCUUGAAAAAAAAUUAUACCAGCCUUUUGUUUAAAAGAAUCUACUUAAAUUAUUUGUUUUAGAGUCUCUUCACAUAGGUUAUACAUGACUUUUUUUGAAUUGUCAUCACCAACUCAUGUUUUUUGAAUAUUUGUAGCAUAUAUAAGAAAUGCUGGAUGUCUCCUGUAAAGUAUUGCUUAAUUAUACUGAAGAUAAAACUGGUAUAUAAUAUAGCUAUAAAAGUGCCUUCCUGAGAUGAAGUAAAAAGGCUUGUUUAUGUUUCCUUCUUGGUGGCCUCUGAUGAAAGCAUGGAUCAUUGGCUUUUAGAGCUGGAAGGAAGGCUUGUUAAACAACGCAGCCCUCUUGUAAUGCAGAAGAAGAAUCUGCUAAAUAAGGGCAGCUGGGGAUCUCAGUGAGAGAGCCAAACUUUGUAACACUGCCACAGUGCUGGCUCCACUGUAGCCUUCCUAAAGGAACUUGUUCCUUUUUCAGGAAUGUGAGAGGCACUUUUACAAGGCAAAUUGCUAUAGGAGACAGUUGAACAGGGAAACUCUGAAUUCUUUUGAAAAUGUCCUUUAAAGGUUUUCCUAAUUUUUUUAUUUGGCAAGAAAGUGCUGACUGUACUUUUCUCUCAUAACCAUUGUGAAACCAGAUAGCUCUGGAAGUUCCUCUUUUCUCAUCAUUAUUUUCUUGAUAUGGUUCAAAUCUUCAUCAAUAUGUUGAAUUAAAAACAAGCAAUUCUUAAAAGCACAGUGCUCCAAAAACAACUCAAAAGUAGUGUCAUUCAUAAAAUUCAGCUUGUUAUAUUUAAUGCCAGUAUCAUUCUCCUUAGUAUAAGAAGGUUUUACAGAAUAAUCGCCAGAAGGAACAAUUCUCACAAGAAGUUGUCAAUGAUAAUUUUAAAUUUUAAAUCUCAAAGUGUUUAAUGUAGAGGUAGAAUUAGUAAACUGUUAAAAAAAUAAGCCAAUCUGGUUUUGUACUCCGAGUUUUGUUUUUCUUUUAAAAGUGUCUAUAAAUUUAAUAAAGCCACUGCCUGAAAUGUUAAUGAGUUAAAUUCUAGCUUCAAAAAUUGUAUAUCCUUCUGCCCCAAAUACUAUAUUUUAAAGAUGUAGCAAAAUUCCAAUAUACAGUCAUGUACCAUGUGAAGAUUGUAAAUAACUGAAAAUAAGAGAGCUUAGCUGAGAUUGCAUUGCUUUUAUAAAUCUUGAACUGAAUUUUCUUCUUUUUUUCAAAUGAGACUACAGAAGUUGAGUGUAUUGUUUUUAUUGGAGAUAUUUUAUUUAGAUAAUAUUACAAUCUCAUUUUGGCAGUUAAUCUUCUAGAACCUUUCCUUUGUGUUUGCCAUCAAGAAAGGGAGAGAGAGAAAUACAAAGGGCAAUUUGUGCGUAUACGAGUAUACUUUCUUAAAAUGUAUCAGUCUGUGCAUACUGUUUUUCCAUUAAAAUUUAAAUUACAAAUGUAGUAUGUGACUACAUUUUACUUCUAAAAACAUCAGAGACAAGUCUAUUUUUGACAUUUUCAGUACCUUCUCUAGAAGGAACAGUUAACUUUCCAUCUAGACUUUUUUCUAUUAAUGUCUGUAGAUGUUAUAUAUAGCCUCAGAAAAUAAAAUGUAUAGUUUUGGUUUUAACAUAAACAUGUGUAUCAUUGUGCCACUUUUUUACUUGGUUUCUUUAUUUCAGUCUAAUCUUAUCUAAUCUCUACUUUUGUAGUGUUCCACAAUCUGUAUAAUCUAUAAUAGACACUUAGGUUAGGUUCCUUUUUCUUUGUUUCUAAUUGCAAACAAUGCUGAAAGAAUGUCAUCCUGUAUGUGUAUGUGAUUAGUUUUUGGGUUACUGGGUCAGAGUUAGGCAGUUGUAAAGAGAUACUUCAGUUGGCUUCUAAAACAGCUGUUAACAAGUUAUAGUUUCUUCUCAGCAAUGAAUGAAUACCUGCUCCCCAUAUCAUUAAGGACCCUUAAUAUUAGAUUUAAAAUAUUUUUAUAUUACCUAAUGGGUAAAAACUCAUUAUAAUUCUAAAAAUCUGAUGCUAGUGAGUUUGGACAUCUUUUAUAUGUUUAUGUUAGACUGUAUUUCUCAUGUGAAUUACCUUUUACACUGCUCAUUUUUCUACUGAAUGAUUUUUUUUUAAUAAUCUUACGUGUUUGUUAGUUUUUCCAUAGAAUUUAGAUACUAGUCUUUCAUGUCUGUUACCAAUGGUUUUUCCCAGUUGGUCACUUGUCUUUAACUGUACUUGUAUCUUUUUUAUAGCUGUUUUAUAUUUAUAUAGUCAAAUUGAUUAUUUUUAUGACUUUUAUUUCAAAAUAUAAAGCAUAUUCCGUAUUUUCUUCAAAGAUGUUUAUCCUGUAAGCAUCUAGAUCUUCAUCUGGAAUUGGGUUUUGUGAAGAGUGUAAAUAAGAUACAGAGCUACUUUUAUUGAAAAGUCCAACAAAUAUUUACUGAAGUGCAUUCUUUUCUCACUGAUUUCAAAUCUGUUCUAUGUGUUAAAUUCUUUAG